AUGGCAUGGCUACGGAGUCGAAAAGCCAAAAGCUCCAAAUCGAAUGAGAACUUAACAACAAAAUCUAGAAAGCCUCCAAACACAGCAUUCAGGCAGCAACGUCUUAGAGCGUGGCAACCUAUCCUUUCGCCGCAGUCUGUAUUACCUCUCCUGAUUUUAGUUAGUGCGAUUUUCGCGCCAAUCGGGGUAGCACUAAUAAUCACCGCUAAUAAUGUUCAAAAUCUCAGUAUUGACUACAGUCAUUGUGCAACUCUGGCUCAAUCCGAUACCUUCAGUACAAUUCCAUCCAAGUACGUGAGGUCUCAUUUCAAAAAAAAGGCAUCCGUCUCUCCAGUAUGGCGGCUUCAGAAUGACACAGAGCACGGAAAUUCAACCUGCGAGCUGCAAUUCGAAAUUCCCACAGACUUGAAGAAAUCCAUUUACGUGUACUAUCGGCUAACCAAAUUUUACCAAAACCACCGGAAAUACGUCCAGUCCUUUGACAUCAAACAGCUCAAAGGCGAGAACAUUGCUGCAGACGAUCUAACAUCGGAUUGUGACCCAUUGCAAACUAUUGGGGACAAAAUUGUCUAUCCAUGUGGCUUGAUCGCGAACUCUCUUUUCAACGAUACCUAUCAGAUGGAACUGAGCGGCGUAAAUGAAACUCAACUACCCUACGCACUCACUAACCAGAAUAUUGCUUGGAGUGCCGAUCGUAAUCGCUAUAAGAAAACUACCUACAAUGCGUCUCAAAUCGUACCCCCUCCAAACUGGGCGCAGAAAUAUCCGGACGGCUACACUGAAGCAAACAUUCCAGACCUCUCGCAAUGGGAGGAAUUACAGGUAUGGAUGAGAACCGCAGGACUACCGACGUUCUACAAACUAGCACUCAAAAAUGAAACCUCGACUUUACCAAAGGGAAUGUAUCAAAUGAACAUCGGGCUCAACUAUCCUGUCUCCAUGUUCGGAGGUUCGAAAGCAUUCAUACUUACUACCAACAGCGUCAUUGGUGGCCGCAAUAUGUCACUCGGCGUUCUUUACCUGAUCGUGGCUGGUGUGUCGAUCGUUUUUGGCAUUGUCUUCCUGGUGAAGCUGAUUAUCCAACCCAGAAAGCUCGGAGACCACUCAUUUUUGAGCUUUGAUGAUAAUACAGAGACUGAAAACCGUCCGGGCACGCAAGACAUCUCUGUCAGAGAAAUUCUCUAG